CUGCGCUGCGGCAGUAGAAGAAGAAAUAUAGGAAGUAAACAUGUCACGCACACGCGGGCUGGACUUUGAUUUUGGAUAUAAUUGAAUGUGCUUGUGUACAGUAAAGGAGUCGGAGUGCAGAAAAUAUGUCAUCGGAGGAGGACUGCAGACUGAAGCUGAUUAAAUCCCGGAUCAGAGAGUUUCCAGACUUCCCCAAGAAAGGGAUCCUCUUCAAAGACAUCUGUCCCAUUCUUAAGGACCCUGGGGCACUCACAGCUGUGACCAGUAUGUUUGAAGAACAUGUGAGGGAGAAGUUCCAGCAGGUGGAUCUUGUUGUAGGGUUGGAUGCUCGUGGGUUCCUGUUCGGACCCAUCCUUGCCCAGAGAAUUGGUGUUGGCUUUGUCCUGGUACGAAAGAAGGGCAAACUAGCUGGACCCACUAUCUCAGUUGCAUACGACCUGGAGUAUGGAAAGGCAGAGGCAGAAAUUCAGGUGGAUGCAGUUAGUCCAGGACAGAAGGUGAUACUCAUUGAUGACCUCUUAGCAACUGGGGGUACACUGUAUGCAGCCUGUGCUCUGAUGCACCAGCAGCAGGCAGAGGUAUUGGGCUGCUUAGUGGUGGUGGAGCUGAAGGAUCUGAAUGGAGCAGAAAAACUUAAACCGCACCCAGUGUACUCACUGCUCCAAUACUGAUACAGGAACAACUGUAAUAUAUGCACUGGACUAGGAAGCACAGUACUUAUAUUACUUAGUAUCACAUGAUUUCUAUGUUAUGGGAACCAUUCUGUUCGAUUUAUUGUUUUAAAAAAUUACAGAAUCCGCAGCAUUUUCAAAGAUAAAUGAUGUAGCCACUGCUUUUAUCACGUUUUGUUUGUAUGCAUGGCUUGUGUUAACAUUAUAGGAACAAAUAUGUACACUUGUUUUAAUAAAAUAUAAAAAAUAAUUAACAUAAGUUCAUUAUCCCGCCGAAAUGUACUUCAGACAUCUUUCAAUGAAACAUCUUUAUUGCUUGAUGCUUAAAUGCAAUUAUUUUUUUUACAUUAAACCAUGUGUGUUUAAUAAAAUCACAAUGCCACCUCAAAAUUAAUGAAAAACAA